UUCCAGGAAAAAAAAUCAUUAUUUUAUUUUCUUCUUGUGUAUUUGGUGGAUUUCUCUAAUAUAAUCUUAAUUUUUCUGCCUAAACUUUCAGGUUCUGCUGCUACAGAUAGGGUUAGGGAUUUGGGCCUGUCCAGCUGGCCAGAUCAGAAUGUUUUAGAUGCUGAUAAUGUCCAGGAUGGUAAACGGUGGUGGUCACAUCCAUAUCCCUCUCCUUCUCGCCAUGCAGAAUCCAAACCGUUGUACAGAACGACAUCAUUCCCUUACGAACAGCAACCACAGCAGAAAGUGUUCCCUCUAUCUGGUGAACAGUUACCACGGCUAAAUUCGAUUGAUCAAGUUCCCCUUCCCAAGUUACCUUUUACUUCCUACCCUCCACCUGGUGAAUUAUCUCAGGGUUCCCGAAUUCUCGAUAUGGACAUUUUAACACAAAGUACUGGAAUCCAGCCACCUUUCUCUGCACAGAAUGUCUUCCCUUUCUCUGGUCCUCAACCUCUACCUGAUAUGUAUCAUGGGAUGAACUAUGGUGGAAGCAUCACUCAAUUUGUCUCUCCAGGCUUGUCUAUUAGUAAUCAGGAAGAAAACAAUUUUAUGAGACAAUCUAGUAUAAUUUCUGGUGACCGCAAUAAUCUAUUUCCUGGUUUAUUUCAGCAGAAUUUAUCUCAUCCAAAUGGCCUAAUGACAUCGCAGCAACCUAGAUUUCAGAAUGUCCAGCCUUCUCUAUCACAUUACCCACAAUUAUCCCCUCAACUAUUUGGCUCACAUCCUUCACCCCACAUGCGUGAAACAAUGCUUGGAAUGGCUGAGUUGAGAGAACAAGGAUUGAUAAUGGGGCAAAGGGGAAGGCAAAACGUACGAUUUUCUAAUCAACCUUUGGAUAUAGGGAACCAAAGGAGCAACGCAUGGCCUCAAUUCCGAUCCAAGCACAUGACAUCUGAAGAGAUUGAAAGCAUUCUGAGAGUUCAGCAUGCCGCAACACAUAGUAGUGAUCCCUACUCUGAUGAUUAUUAUCAUCAAGCCUGUCUAGCAAAGAGAAGCUCUGGAUCAAAGUUGAGGCGUCACUUCUGUCCAAAUUCCAUUAGGGAGUUGCCUUCAAGAUCCCGAGCUAACAGUGAGCCACAUGCUUAUCUUCAGGUGGAUGCUCUUGGGAGGAUUCCCUUCUCUUCAAUUCACCGGCCUCGUCCGCUGCUGGAUGUGGACUCACCAUCUACAGCUGCUGCAGGAAGCAGCUCCGAGCAGAAAUGUUCUGUGAAACCUCUUGAGCAAGAGCCAAUGUUGGCUGCUAGAAUCACCAUUGAGGAUGGUCUUUGCCUUCUUCUUGAUGUAGAUGAUAUUGAUCGGUUCCUGCAGUUCAAUCCACCGCAUGAUGGAGACUCCCAGCUAAAAAGGAGACGGGAGGCUCUCCUGGAAGGGCUUGCAGCAUCUCUUCAGCUAGUUGAUCCGCUUGAUCCAAGUAAAGCUGGCCAGUCUGUUGGAAUAGCUCCCAAAGAUGAUUUUGUCUUUCUCCACAUAGUCUCUCUCCCAAAGGGUCGUAAGCUUUUGUCACGCUAUCUUCUGCUGCUUUAUCCUGGCAGUGAGCUUACUCGGAUUGUUUGCAUGGCCAUUUUUCGUCACCUCAGGUAUUUAUUUGGUGGUUUGUCCUCUGACGCUGGGGCAGCUGAAACCACAUCGACUCUUGCUAGAACCGUAUCUGUUUGUGUUUCUGGAAUGGAUUUGAGCACACUUAGUGCAUGUUUAGCUGCUGUUGUCUGUUCUUCAGAACAACCUCCUCUCCGUCCACUUGGAAGCGCAGCUGGUGAUGGAGCCUCGAUGGUUAUAAGGUCUGUAGUUGAGAGAGCUACAGAACUCUUGAAGGAUCAUCAUGGUACAAGCACCUAUAGCACUCAUAGUCGAGCUCUGUGGCAGGAAUCGUUCAAUGCUUUCUUCGGUCUUCUCUUGAAGUAUUGCUUGAGCAAGUAUGAAAGUAUAGCGCAGUCAUUACCACUCUUGAACUCACAGGAUUCUUCCAUGACUGGAUCAGAGGCAACCCUUGCAAUUCGCAAGGAGAUGCCAGUUGAAUUGUUGCGAGCUAGUCUUCCCCAUACUGAUGAACAUCAACGAAAGCUUUUACUGGAAUUGGCUAAGCGAUCCAUGCCAUCUGCUGGAUAGUUCUGAGUACAGCAAGUCAUGAUUUUUUUAUUUCCUUGUCAAUGCAGUAGGUUCUCUGCCUUCUCAUCGGAUGGUUACCGCAUUCAAGCUGGAUAAACUCUUGGAUGAUUUUGUUGUUCCUCCUAAUAGCUUUUUUUUAAAAAAAAUUCCCUACUCUUUAAAGAACCUGUAAUAAUGGCGUACUGUAGCACCCCUAGAAAGCUAGAAUAUGAAUGAUGCCUGGAAGGUUUCCUCGAAGGCGCUUAAUUUUUGUGCUCCUUGUUGGAACUCUGGGAAGUAGUAGUAGGGAUAAGAAUGUACAGGUCUUGUUACUGGACCGUCCGGUCACCAAUUCAAAUGCGCCACGUCACCCGAACACAUUGGCCCCAGGUGUAUCUGAGUGAUGUGGCGUAUUUGAAUUGGUGUCCGGAUGAAUCCAGACACCGGACAUAAUAAUUUUCCCUUGUUUUGGGUGGUUUA